CCUAAAGCUUUAUCAUCGUCAUAGUAUCAAAUUCCCAUUAUGAUAGGACAAACGAAGUAUGAUUUUCUUAUUUCGGAAUUGGAUGGAAAUGAAGCGAAAUCGGAAAUGGCAGCCAUUUAUGGAUCCAUUGAAUUAUACAGGGUCUCCGAUUCCACGGGCAACAAUAGCUUCUCCAACCAAAUCGGGAUGGAUCUCAUCAAGAAAACGCUAGCAGACGCAACUGACUUCACCUGGAAGGCACUGCAGCUGAACACCCCUGCAGAAAGAAAAACCAUACCAACAAUUAGCUUGUUCAUAGAAAACUCAGACGGCGUGCCAUUCGCCGACAACGACGAAAUCCACUUCAACGCGGGCUAUUUGGAGAGGUACUACAGCGACGAUGACGAAGCGAGGAGGGAAUUCGUCGGCGUGAUCUACCACGAGAUGGUGCACGUUUGGCAGUGGAACGGAGGCGGAACGACGCCGGGAGGUUUGGUCAAAGGAGUGUGAUAAUGGUGGCUUCUCCUCCCGCCUCUGUUGAUUUGUUCGUCUCUGGUUAUGGGCUCUUCUGAUACUGGCUCCAGGCGGUUCAUGGUGAUUGAAGACAAAAAAUUUCCCAUCUCUUG